AAUCAGUGCCACGCUCCGAGAAUGGAUAUUCUCUCGCUUUUCCCCUGGUGGAUGGACGUUAAUGCCCACGGUCACAGGUAUUAUCAACCAGUUCAUUUGCCUUAGCCGUGAUUGAGCCAUGAUCACAUCUAUGCCUUUUAGUUGUAAGUGAUGGGAAUUCGUAUACUGAUUAGGUAGAUAAAAAACUUGGAUCGCGCUAAGACACAACAUUGGAGAGUGGGUUCAAUCCUCUAGAAAGUAGUAGUUUCUAGCUAAGCUACCUAACUAUUACCCACUUUUUAAAAAUGUGCUGUAUACUCUUUGCUAUAGUAUCUCCGGUAGUUGAAUUGAAACUGAACCGAGCUAUAGUUCCGUUUUUUUUUGUUUAGUCGGGUAAAGUGGGUGGCAUUGAGUGAAGUCGUGGUUUGCAAUGCAUCGCUUGGUGACAUUGGGAUGGGUCUUUUUUCUUUGUGGUUUGGAAGCGGUUCUCAAGGCAACCAAGGCCUGCUACUUUGAAGUCUUUCCAAUGCUGCAAUCUCGAUGCCUCUCUGAAUUUCUGCUACAACUGCCUUGGAUGAUAUAAACACAGGGGUAUCAAGUGUCCCAAGUGACAAAGCUUUCCAUAAGACGGGCCUUCAGCCAGUAGGCUAGAUUCUAAGCCAUGGCUUUGGAGGUGGGCUUCAGAGGAGCAGCCAAUCAGGAUACUGGGUGACACCAGACCUGGCUAGAGGUCAGAUCUGAGAGAGGAUGGAGACCAGAGGGCAACGCACAAGGGCAGGAAUUUUGUUCUGGACCCCCGCUCCUCAACGCCCCUCUCCCUUCAGCUCCAUAGGCUCAGAGGUGGACUGGGGGGAAGAAGAAGAGGAGGAUGAGGAAGGUUGGGACAGGAAAGCAGAAGAGGAGGAGGGCUUCCACACCCAGAUGGAUGAGAACGGGAUCAUAGGACUGGACGAGGCCUUGGAGGAUGUGGGUCCGGGAGGAGAGGAGGAGGAGGGAGAGGAGAAUCCACCCCGGUACUCUGGAGCCUUGGAGGGGUCCCUGUCCCCCAGUAGGGCAGGUGGGCUGCGGCUGGUGGACCCUCUAGAGGAGCUGAGUUAUAGCCUGAGUGAGCUGCAGGACUCUGGGCCACCUGGAGAGGACACGCACGCGCUCUCACUCUGUGACGAUGUAUUGGAGGACAAGGACAGUGUGGAGAUCUGGAGUGAGGAAGAGGAGCAGCAGAAGGUUGAACAGGAGAGGAGCUGCGUGGUCGACAGGCAGCGGAUGGAGCAUCUCCCAGAGAGAGACAGACAGCUGGACGUGACGGAGGACGAGAAGGAGAUAGAGGAGGAGGAGGACAGCGAGCCACACGCGCACACUGACAUGAUGGCAUAUCCUGUCAUAGCUGGGCCUGGGCCUGGGCCUGGCUGGGAUCAGGGCCUUAUUGUCAGAGGAGGAAAUUGGGGGAAGGAGGAGAGCGAGGUCUGUGCUGUAGGCAGUUAUAGGGCCGACCUACAAAUAGAGAAGACUAGUGAACUCUCAGAGAGUGACAGCAGAGGGGGGGAAAGGUUGGGAGCGAGUGUGUCUGGAAACCAAAUUUUCCCUCCCGACCUGCUCUGUUCAUCCCCCCAGUCUCUCCCCUCCCCUCCCAGUUCUACCUUUCCUCACCUCCUCCACUUCUCCUCUGAGGAGUUGGCCUAUGCUCCAGGGAUUGAAGCUGAGACGUUCCCGGAAGAUCCCACCUUCACGGAGAGCCUUCCGGAAUCCCGCAGCAGCCGGAUGAGCAACGCCCCCAGGCCUCAUUGGCCGCUUGAGUCAGGGGGGGAGGAUCUCAAGCCUAGGGCCUCCCCUUACCCAGCAGCUAUCUCUCCCGCGUGUGGGAUAUCUUACCAACUCAGCGAGAGAAAAGAGAGGGGUGGAGAGAGCCCACAGGAAGAGGCAGGCAACCAUCGACAACACCCCUAUCCGAGGAGGAUAAGACAGAGCUUAUCUGACACCCCACAAGCCAUGGUUUGUUCCUCUCAGAAAUCCUGGCAUGUACCCUCACAGUCCCCCCUUCACAGCAGCACCAAGGACUGGAACCACCAGACCCCCAGGGAGAGCCCCCCCAAACCCCAACCCAGGAGUCAUGACCCUGACAUGGACGAGGGCCGAAGAGGCCCACUGACCUACCCCACCCCAGACUUCUCCAAGGUAGAGCCCAGGGUCCACUUCCCUAAGAGCGGCUACACCCCCCCCAAGAGCAAAGGCUCCCCCAGAAAGAGGUCUCUGUCAGUGGAGCCCCCCCUGGUGUUUAAGUCCCCUGCUGACAUAGUGAGAGAGGUGCUGCUGAGCAGUACAGACGGACCCCAAUCGCCCUCGCCGCCCAACGGGCCCCGCAGGCCCCUGAACUCUAUGGUGCCAGAGGAUUUCAGAUGCCCACAACAGGCCAGCACUCUGGUACAGCAGCUGCAGGAGGACUACAACAGGCUGCUGACCAAGUAUGCUGAGGCAGAGAACACUAUUGACCGGAUGCGCCUGGAAGCCAAGGUGAGCCUCUACUCCGACCCUCCCAAGCCCAGUCACGCCGUCCAAUCAGGUGUACUCCAUGAAGGGUCAAAGGUCAUGACCCUAACUUUUCCCCACGCUCAGAGGGCGGAGCUCAGCUCAGGCUCUGUUUACCUAAAUGGACAGGCUGCCCAACAAGGACAUAGUGGAGUCUCCUCUGUCUGUCCCUCCUCUGCGGCCUCCUCAUCCCCCAGAAGCCUGGGCCCUGGAGUUGGAGAGCAGCUGACCAGGGCUCUCUCAAAGCAGGCUGAGAGGUUCCUCCAGCAGGUGCAGACAUUUGAAGAGCUCCUGAGGAGAGGGAAACUUAAACCGUUUGAGCAGAUGAAGGGUUUGUCCCAGCUGCUGCAGGGGCAGGAUUCUCUGGAAAGAGGUUAUCUAGCAGCACGAGACGAACACAGACUUCUACUGCAGAGAGGGGCCGAGCUGGGCCCUUUUGAUCCCGGCAGGGAGUUGGAGGGCCGUAUAUUCCAGUGUGGGAUGCGUGUGGAGGAGCUCAAGGAACAGGUGGAGCAGACUGAACAGGACCGGCCCACCUCAGAAGCCCCUCCCACUCCACUUCCUCACCCCACCCCCUACUCCAUGCCUGCAGGGGGCAGCGAGCCCAUGCCACUCCCUGAGAGCCCAGUGUUACCUCUGCCAGGGGAGUCUGGGGUGGGGGUGGAGGUUAGCUCGGCCAGCGGAGAGAGCGAGGGAGAGGAGGGAGGGAUGCCAUCCCUGCUCCUCCAUCCCUCACGUCACGAACACAAACGCGUAGAGAGAGACUUCAGCAUGCUGUUGGACCACUACCAGAGUUUCAGGGAGCUGCCCAGACUGCUAGACCUGGAUCUGACAGAGGGAGACCAUGACUCUCCUGACGCAGGAGGAAGCCACACAUUCAGGUGGUGAGGGGACAAGAGAGGGACCACACCCAAGGACAGGGAGGGAGAAGGGCCACACAAGUCUCGCUCAGAGACGGCCAAUGCAAGGUCAGCAGGACGCUGCAUUCAUUCCAACGGCGAGACCAAGGACCAGCAAAUCACUUCCUCCUUCCCCAAAGGACCUCAGCCAAUCCGCUGCAUUUCCUGAUCUGCUGGCCAAUGACAGCAAGAGGUCCGAGGUCAGGAAGUCUCAUGGCAGCAGUCUGACCAGUUUGGGGGGAGAGGCGAGGCUCCAAACUGCACCCUGGGACCAGGAGAGUGCCGUCCCAGGAUGGGAUCAUCUCACCAGAGACUGACAGUGGUUUUGUUGGCUCUGAAAGCAGUCGUCUGACUCCUGCAGCACCUAGUGCUCUCCACCAGAGGGCCAUAGCGAGCCUGUCAGUCCCUGAGGAGCAGAGCCCAGGGAGGCCCCACCACACAUCCCCCGUGUCAGGGCAGCCUCUCCCCUCUUCCUGCACCCCCUCACACAGACCACAGAGACCAACCUUGCUGGAGCACUGUGGAGGCUCUCGUCUGAGCACCCCGAGGCAGGUACGGGGGUCUGCAGGGAGAACCAGAGGGGAGGAAAGGAGGGGCACCUCAGCCUCCAGUUCCCCCCAGCACAGGGCCAGCAGGACCCCCCCAGCCCUGGGCUGGCAGUGGGACCAGUGAGUUUG